AUGCACGCCAAGGCCGUUGCUCUUUCUCUCGCCGCCGCGGCGGUUGUCCACGCUGAUCUCCGCAUCAACAACAACGACAUCCCCCAGGACUGCUCUGCCAUCUGCCGCCCCGUCCGUGACCUUGGCAACAUCUGCACCGUCAACUUCGUCCCCGGUCAGGGCAACAACAACAGCGAUCAGCUCCAGGAUGAGCUCGACUCCCAGUGUGUCUGCACCAACAACUCGUUCGACCUGAAGAACUUGGCUGGCCAGUGCAAUGCCUGCAUGAUCGAGAAGGUUCCUUCCGACCAGCAGCGCAGCCUUGAGGGUAUCCAGAGCAUCAUGAACGUUUGCCAGCUGCCCAGCGCCAGCGGCUACGCCUCCUCAUCCACCUCCCUCGCCAACACUGUCAUCGUCCUCGCCACCCGCCUGACUGCCAGCAGCCAGCUUACCACCACCUUCGGCGGUGCCCAGACUACUGAGUCCUCCUCCAGCCGUACUCGCUCCAGCGAGCGCUCCACCAUCACCACCACCUUCCUCACCUCCGGCAACGGUGGUCUUCCCUCCAUCGCCACCUCCACCAUCGUUGGCGGUGGACGCCAGACCGGCAAUGCUGCCCCUGGCCUCCACACCCCCGGCAGCAACGGCAUGCUUGGCGCCGUCGGCGCCAUCGUCGCUGGUGCCUUUGCACUUGGCGCUUUCAUGCUCUAA